UCGAAUCCCGUAGGCAGGCGCGGCGAAGGAACUACAUGGCGAAAAAGUAGGCGCGUUUCGGCGACUGAAGAAGCCAUCCGGUCAUGUACGUGCUCUCGGAGUACGACACCGCAGCCUGCAACGUGGAGCAGACAGCAACGCCCCUCGAGCAACGCCCCCACACAAGCACCGAAAGCAUUGACGUGGUGGCAGCGAGCGGAGCUUCAUGCUGAAGGGCGACCGACGGCAACCUGAGCCAAGGACGGAGAAACAACCGCACAGAGGUGACUCUACAUUUUCUACUCGCAGACAGGAAUGUCGCGUUUAGGGAAGGUCGCUGAGUUUGAUCCUAAGUCACAGAAUUUCGAGUCUUACCUGGAGCGAUUCGAACUGUUUGUGCAAGCGAACGACAUAGAAGAGGAAAAGAAGCUAGCGGUUUUCCUAACGGUAAUAGGAGCAGAAGCUUAUGAAGUCUUGAAGAACCUUGUAGUGCCGGCUUCCCCACGUGAGAAAACUUACGAGGAAGCAAAGCGGUUGCUUACAGAACAUUACAGCCCACGGAGCUCGGUAAUCGCGGAGCGCUGCAGGUUCAACAAGCGGACUCAGCACGAAGGGGAAAGCGUAGAAAAUUUUAUAGUCGAGCUGAAGCACUUGGCCAGGAAAUGUAACUACGGCGACUUCUUACAGGAUGCACUUCGCGACAGGCUAGUAGCAGGUGUGCGCAAUGAAGAAACGCAGCGAGCCUUGUUCGCGGAAGAAAGCCUAACCUUUGACAGCGCCUGCAAGAUUGCCUUGGACCGAGAAAUGGCGGCAAGAGAGGCAGCGCUAAUGAAAGAAAAGAACAAAGAGGAGUCAUUAAAUGCGGUUGGGAGUCAGCCGAAGAAAGGGAUGAAGAAGACUCAAAAGAGCCACUUUGCCAAGAAAGAGCGAUGUGAAAGAUGCGGCAGAGGGCAUUCUUCAAGCGUAUGCUGGUAUAAAAAGUCUGUGUGCCGUAACUGCUCGAAAGUAGGACACUUGAGAAAAAUGUGCACCACUGCGCAGACAAAGAGAACAAAUGCCUUAGAAUGUUCUGACGAGGACUCUGAGCACGAAGUAUACCAUUUCAUAAAUGUGACACGCUCUUCUUACGAUGUGAACAUUCAGGUCGAAGGCAAACCCCUGAACAUGCAGAUUGACACAGGAGCGGCUGUUACUGUAGUGCCAGAGUAUGUCUAUGAUUCACAUUUCGCUCAUGUUACAUGUCAGCCCACCAAAGUGACACUUCGCACGUACACCGGCGAACAAAUGACACUUAAGGGACAGUGUGAGGUUGCAGUCGUGUACAAAGGUCAGAGCAUGAUUCUUCCAGUAGUAGUAGUUAAGGAUAACGGAAGGAGACUGCCAGCAUUGCUUGGCCGGAAUUGGCUUGAGCAUCUCAAGCUUGACUGGAGCGCAAUAGGUCAAGUAACCGCGGAGGACAGAGCCAUGUCAUUGAGGAAGAAAUACCCUGCAGUCUUUUCACAGACAAUGGGCACCGUAAAGAGUUUUGAGGCAAAAAUAUCUUUGAAUGCAGAUGCUACGCCAGUAUUCUGUCGAGCCAGGUCUGUUCCAUUUGCACUUAAAGAAACAGUGGAAAAACAGCUCCGGGAGAUGGUAAAAACAGGCAUGCUACAGCAGGUAUCGCAUAGCGACUGGGCGACACCACUUGUCGUAGUCCAGAAAAAAGAUGGCAGCCUUAGGCUUUGCGGUGACUACAAAGUUACGAUUAAUCCGGUCCUAAAAACAGACCAUUACCCGCUGCCCAGGCCAGAAGACCUAUAUUCAGCAAUUACAGGCGGUAAGGUGUUCUGCGUUCUCGACCUAUCGGCGGCGUAUCAGCAGGUAACACUGAGCCCCGAGUCACGAUCGUUUCUGACGGUCAACACCAGUUUGGGGUUGUUCCAAUUUCAGCGCCUUCCAUAUGGUGUGGCUAGUGCACCCGCAAUAUUCCAGUCCUUGAUGGACGAAGUGCUAAAGGGCAUUCCACACGUAGGGUGCUAUAUCGAUGAUGUGAUCGUGGCUGGAUCUGAUAUGGGUUCAUGCCAAAAAAACGCUAGAGCAGGUCCUUGA